UCGAAAUAAUGAUCACAGAUGUUCACAGGCGGUCACAGAGUCAGCAGGUUCACCUUGAUCCCCUAAAGGACCCUGAACAUCAUCAUUGAUCAACACCGUGUACGACGCAGAAGAGUGAUGUUACGGCUCGUGACCGUGCUGACAAUUGCUGCAAUGAUAGCGUCGCCAGGUAAUGGGGACAGGAAGGCGUCCAGAUCUGAUGGCACUGGAAUUAUUUCUCCAGGCUUCUUCAUGAUGCUGCGGGACGCGGAUUUUCACGAAGACGACGUCUCUCGGACUGGAGAUCCGAAUGUUGUCACGCAGACACCGCAUGCUGGCCAACCGCCACACUUCCAUCCACAGUCAAUAAGUUCUUACAAAUUCAAGUCUCUUGUACGAACAAUAUCAGACAAACACUUUGAGCUUACUGAGGGCGAUCGGAAACGAAGUCAAAGGCACCCGAACAAGUUUCACAAGCAUUACGAAAAUAUCAAACGAAGAAUCACCAAGUUGCCUGCUAUUUUCUGAGAAUGUAUGAAGUUAUCCUCAAACUGUGGUUCGUAAAUCUCUUAGGGCCCAGACAGCGUUUCAAUAAUACAACAAGAUAAAUAUGUAACGGCAGUUUCAUGUGUGUGCGUGUGUGUGUGUGUGUACAUGGGCACCAAUAAUGAUUUAGGAGAGAGAUUCAGUGUUAUGUGUGUUGUCUAUUUGUUCCUUCCUCAAUUAAAACCCUUUGUUUUCUUGUAGUGUUUUCCAAUUGCCAGAUUGGUGUAUAUAGUUUGAGUAUCUUCAAAUUUAUACUGACCAUGCUUAUGUCAAACCGUCAUUGUAAUGCUUUUGAUGUCCUCAGAUCUAAUUUUGUUCACUACAGCCUACAUUACACUCUUCUUCAGGUGUGCGCGCGCUGUUUUCUUGCUUAAGAUUUUCUUAAAAAUAUGUUGAAAUAACUGCAACAUGUUAUUUACAGCCUUCAUUAAAAUAUUGUUGUAAGAGUAUUGAAAUAGCCA